CAAAUGGCCAUUUGCUAGGAAGCAGCACACCUGGAAAAGGUGAUCUUCUCCGCUGCAAUGAGCAGAAAGACGCUCUUUCAGACAAGACUCACAUCCAGGUCCAUCUAUCUGUGUUCUCUCUAUGGCAAAGGUUGUGUAUUUGUCGAGGUCUUUCUCCGAUGUUUCUCCGUUGUUUUCUUCUGCUGUGCCUCUGUGGCUGCUCAUCCUCGUGUUUUGACCGGGUCUGUGAAUUUUCUUCUCCAACGUUCACUUCUCGCGUUCUCUGACUCCUUGGCAAACGCGCGACGAGAAGAUUUGGAAUUUCCUGCAGAAAACGAGGAGGCGUAGGAACUUGUUCUUCUCCCUUCUCGUCGCGAAGUAAAUUCUGCCUUUUCCUCUCAUGGACAGAAAGGAAUCUCGAGUCUUUAUCUCUUCUCCUUUACUGUUCUUAAUACCCUCUGCCUUCUCCGUCUCCAUUCAUUCCCCUUCCUUGUUAUUCUCUCGCAUUCUCUUCCUGUUUCUCUCCUCUCGCCUUCUUCUUUUUCCCUUUCUUCUUCUCUCCCGCCAUGUGUUGAAUUCGUCUUUUCCAAGAGUUCCCCGAGUCUUCGGAGACUUCUCUCCCUCCUUCUCUAGACGCUCUCCGGUCUUCUGUGUCUCUUCCGCGCCUGUCUCCUCGGCUUCCUCCAAAAGACCGCGGGACGAACCUGAAGAACGGAGGCCAAAGAGUCAUUUCGAAGUCCGACUCCGCCAGCGGCCUUGAGAGGAGGUCUGUCUGCGUUUUUUCGCGUAGAGAUUUCAAGGAACGCCGCUCUCGUUCAAACUCGCCCCGACACAGAACAAGAACUGUGUUUCAAAGAAGCAGGCCGUCUAGCCGCGGAACUCAUGUGAACUUUACUCAAAGUCGUCGGACACUGAAAUCCAGAGCGUUUCUCGCAAACUCAACCAGGCACUCGAUGCAUGCGAUUCACCGAACGUCUUUCUGAGACAGGACGAGAGAAGAGCGAAUGCUGAGCUGGCCUCCGUGAUACCAUGGCCGUGUAUAUACGCCAGAGUCCUCCUCGAGAGGGGGUGAGAGGCGGCAGAGAGGAUUUCAAGUGGAAUUCUCUUACAACAAGUCAGGACUACGAUUACUAUCUAGGAGCGAGUGUCAAGAUCGGUCUGCACUCUCGCGGCGGGAAGUUCGUGAAGCACGACUGGUGGACCAAACAGCGGGGUGGAACCACGGGAGACCUCGACGAAGAAAUGCAGAGAGUGAAACAUUUCGAAGACCAAUUAAUGGGCGAAGCCUUGGGGCAGAAGCCGAAGAAUCUGUUGGUGGGGAAUCCCUACGAGGAACGCGAGGCUCUUGGCGACGGUGCAGACUUGCGAGAGAAGGCGGCGGGCGGUGACAGCGAAGAGCGUCCAAAACGGAAAAAACAGAAAAAAGAGAAAAAGAAGAAAAAGGAGAAACGCCGCCGGGAGAAGAAGAGAAAGUCAGGUCGGAGGUCGAGCUCGUCUUCAUCGUCGAGUUCGAGUUUAUCGCUGUCGCCCCGUCGCCUGCACUCUGCCGAGCGCCGGGAGCGGCGAGACAGGAAGGCGAGAAGCGACGUGUAUGAUGCGAGAAUCAAGCGCGAAGGUUUCUGCAUGGAGAGACGGCAGCCGAGUGGCGAUACAGUCCAGCAUGCUGCCGUCCAGGCUCGUCGGUACGAGUCGCCAGACGCAGACAGAAGACACCGAGAGGCAGAGAGGUCCCGCAGGGAAGACCGUUUUGGUGGAGAAAGAGACAGAAGACACCGAGAGGCAGAAAGGUCCCGCAGGGAAGACCGUGUUGGUGGAGAAAGAGACAGAAGACACUCCGAGUGCAGAGAGAAAGACUCGCGUUCUCCCGGCCGCGAUCGGCGUCGAACUGACAGAGACAGAGGUUCCGUCUCGAGUGAACGCAGACACGAAAGAGCUGCCACAGGCAGAUGUCGUUCGCGGAACACAGAGCACGAAACUCCAAGAGACUCUUGGUCUAGACGCUCGGCUCUAUCUCCAGAUGGGAGACAGUGGUCGUCUCAGUUUUCGAGAGACGACGAGCAGCGUCGCCUUUCGGGAACCAGCUCUGUAGAGUACCCACAUCACUCUCGAUACUUUGAUGGUGACAGAAAAGCCAGUGGGCUGCGAGAGAGAGACGCAGAAGAUUCCGACGCUCGAAGCCGAAAGCGUCGGCGGUGAUUUUGCGGCUUCCUUUCACUUUUCGAAAGAUGCCAAGCG